AUGGGUAGAAGAAAAUUCGAAGACAAUAAAGUGACGCCUUCUAAAUCAAAAGAUGAACCAAAAAAUGUUAAAGAACCUGGUAAAAAUGCUAAUGCCAAAACACCGAAACCAAAAGCCGAAAACGGGAAAGUACCUGAUGAUAGAGCAAAAGAGCCAAAGCAAGUUGAUAAACCAAAGAAUGAUGAUGAUAUGGAACAAGAAUGUUAUGAAUGCUGGACUCGUAAUAGGUCACUUUUAUCAGCUUGUAAUGGAAUAACCGAGCAAGAAUUUUUGGAAUUUAAUAAACAACAAACUUCAAGAAAAGUUGCAAGCUGUUUAUGCGUAUUUGCUGAUAAUAUACAGAAAAUUUUUGACAAUGCUUGUAGUGCUGUCUGUCCUGAUGAAAAGAUUGAAGCUGAUCUUUCUGACAAAGCCAUACAAUUUAAAAAAUCUUUUAAAUGUGAUGGUAAUGGUAAUUCUAUUUUGGGGAAUUCUACCAUGAAUAAAUUUGGUGCGAGCGGAACAUAUUCUUCAGAUGUCUCAAAAAAAAUUAUCGUGAAUAAUUUGCAUAUAGCAUCAUCAUUUGUGUUGGGAAUUAUUCUCGGUUUAAGUUAG